AUGGCGAAGAUUUGUACAGAGCAGUCCUACCCAUCCCAACACAGGCUUUCGGUCCGAGCCUCUGAAGAUGAACUGGACCAGACUGAAAAUGGCACAAGCAGGGCACAUUCUCUAUGUGAGGACACCUCCUCUGACAUGCAGGGGAUCAUUUCUUCUGCAGCCAGCCAGUUUCAGGAAUCCAGGAGAAGCUCUUUCACAGGUGCUGGGGCUAUGGCAAGGCUCACCCAGUUUCUGGUAAUGCUGAGGAGCUGGGCAUCACACAGGCUUCACAGAGAGGUUGAGCGUCCCGACUCCUUCUUGGAGCGAUUCCGUGGACCUGACCUCAAAGACUUAGCUAGUCGAGGAAGUAAUGCCCGAUCCUCUAUAGGCCUUCCUGACAGGCCUCAUAAGAGGAAAAAAGCCAAUCACUGGCCGCUGGCAGCUUACAAUAUGAACAACUGCAACAACACAGAUGACAAAAAGGAGGACAAAAAGGAAGACAUAAAAAAAGAUGAAGACAAAAAGGAAGAGAAAAAAGAUGAAAAACAGGACGAGAAAAAAGAUGAGAAAAAGGAUGAGAAAAAAGACGAAAAGAAGGAUGAUAAGAAAGACGAUAAAAAGAAAGAUGCUCCUCCUCCGCCGAAAGAAGUGUGGAUCAUGGAUCCAGCCUCAGACAAGUAUUACAGAUGGCUUUCGGUCAUAGCAGCCCCAGUGUUUUACAACCUGAUGAUGCUGGUGACAAGGGCCUGUUUCAAUGAGCUGCAGAACUCUUACACAGUGCUUUGGAUCAUCAUGGACUAUACUUCAGAUGCAAUCUAUUAUGCAGACACGUUUGUCAGAUCAAGAACAGGCUUCUUGGAGCAGGGUCUCCUCGUCAAAGACGCAAAGAAGUUGAUGGAUCAUUACAGGCAAAUCCCCCAGUUUAAAUACGACAUGAUUUCAAUGAUCCCGACGGAUUUGUUAAUGCUGAAAGUGGGAUUCAACAAUCCUGAACUUCGCUUCAACCGCCUUUUCAAAAUGGCACGUCUCUUCGAGUUCUUCGACCGCACAGAGACCCGAACAAACUAUCCGAACAUUUUCCGUAUCAGUAACCUUGUACUGUACAUCCUGAUUAUUAUUCACUGGAACGCUUGCAUUUUCUUUGCUAUUUCCAAAACGAUUGGCUUUGGGACUGACACAUGGGUAUAUCCAAACAUCAGCCACCCUGAAUACGGCCGCUUGGCCAGAAAAUACAUCUACUGUCUGUACUGGUCCACUCUGACUCUCACCACCAUCGGAGAAACGCCGCCUCCUGUUAAAGACUUCGAAUACUUGUUUGUCGUUAUGGACUUCCUCAUCGGAGUGUUGAUUUUCGCUACCAUCGUCGGUAACGUCGGCGCCAUGAUCUCCAACAUGAACGCUUCCCGUGCUGAAUUUCAGGCUAAGAUCGACUCCAUCAAGCAGUACAUGCAGUUCCGGAAGGUCAGCAAAGAUCUGGAGGCCAGGGUCAUCAAAUGGUUUGACUACCUUUGGACGGAGAAGAAAACUUGCGAUGAGAAGGAAGUCUUGAAGAAUCUCCCAGACAAGCUCAAAGCUGAGAUAGCCAUCAACGUCCAUUUAGAUACCCUGAAGAAGGUGCGGAUCUUCCAGGAUUGUGAAGCUGGACUUCUCAUCGAGUUGGUGUUGAAGCUCCAGCCUCAGGUGUUCAGUCCUGGAGACUACAUAUGUAAAAAGGGUGACAUUGGGCGAGAAAUGUACAUCAUCAAAGAAGGAAAGCUUGCUGUAGUUGCCGAUGAUGGCGUCACGCAGUUUGUGGUGCUCAGUGACGGCGCUUACUUCGGAGAGAUCAGUAUCCUUGGAAUCAAAGGCAGUAAAGCCGGAAACAGAAGAACGGCCAACAUUCGUAGCGUCGGCUAUUCGGACCUCUUCGCACUGUCUAAAGAUGACCUGGUGGAAGCGCUUACUGAAUACCCAGAUGCCAAAAAAGCCCUGGAGGAGAAGGGAAAGGCCAUCUUAAGGAAAGACAACCUUCUUGAUGAGGCAGUUGCAGGUGCUGGUGCUGAUCCCAAAGAUCUGGAAGAGAAGAUUCACCGUCUAGAGCACAACCUCGAAGUCAUGACUGGUAAAUUUGCCAAGCUUAUGGCUGAAUACACAUCCCAUCAGAGCAAGAUGAAACAGCGGAUCACCAACAUGGAGAACAAAGUGAAAACACUACGGGUAGAAGAUCUGUCGGAAGUUGUCGAGGACAAAAAAGAAGAGGAGAAGACGACAAAAUAACAUAAAUAACAUAGACACUGGGCUUAAUGGGGUUUCCUACCCAUGUACAUAUACAAUACCUUUAAACUGUUUAUACUUAUCUAUUUAUACAUUUUACAUGACAUUGUACCUAUUGCCAUAUAUAUGUGUUAAAAUGUAAAGCUGAUGUUGUAUUUAUGCAAUAUGUGCAGUAAGAACAGCUCAGAUUACAGAAAGCAGGGCAUUCAAAAGCAUGGGGUCAGAAUUAUUUUUGAAACCGUAACAUCCAGAAAUAUUAUCUGUUUUAAAAUGUACUUCUUGUGAUGCAAAACUGAAUUUUCAGCAUCAUUACUCCAAUCUUCUGUGUCACAUGAUCCUUCAGAAAUCAUUCUAAUAUGCUGAUUUGGUGUGCAAGAAAGAUUUCUUAUUAUGAUCAGCAUAACCAAAAAAAGUCACUUAAUCACACUGUAUGAGGUCUACAUUUGUAGUUCAGAAGAGGAGGAAUAAUACUCCAAUUGUUCAUUUGGCACAAGUAUGAGAACAUCAUUCUAAAUUAAUAUUUAGUUCCUUUGAUGAUGUUCUGAUCCUGCUCAUUAAACAUUAUAUUAUUUAAAUAUGACUAAUAGUGUUGCUCAAAAAAACAACUUGAUAAAAUCAUUCCAUCCAGACACAAGCCAAAACAUUUUACUAUACUAUCCAAAAUUACCCCAAAUGUGUUCUUUAAUAAACAUUCUAACAAAUGUU